CAUGCGGAGGUGGGACAGCGGCGGCGCCAGUGCGCUGGGCUCGGCGGAUGGGCAGGUGUAGUAGUCAACAUGGCGAUGCUCGGCGCUGCUGGUUCUUACCAUCUCCUCGCCCUCGCCGUCUGGGCACUUUUCAUCGCCAAAGGCACUGCUCAAGAGAUUGAAGUUGAUGCGCAGAACCUGGUGACGGACGAUGUGGUGGUGGUGGAGGGAGAGGUGGCAACCAUCAGCUGUCGGGUGAAGAACAAUGACGACUCUGUCAUACAGCUGCUGAAUCCCAGUCGGCAGACCAUUUAUUUCAGGGAAGUCCGACCUUUGAAAGACAACAGAUUUCAGCUGGUGAACUUCUCGAGCAGUGAACUGCGGGUCUCCCUAUCAAAUGUUUCUUUGGUAGAUGAAGGAAAGUAUGUCUGCCAGCUCUACACCGAUCCUCCCCAGGAAGCCUUUGCUACAAUUACAGUUCUUGUUCCUCCAGAAACUCCGACAAUCGAUGCCGACAAGGACGUGGUGAACGAAGGGGAGGAGGUGGAGUUCACCUGCAGCACCAGCGGCAGUAAGCCCGCCGCCGACAUCAAGUGGCUGAAAGGCGACCAGGAGCUGCAAGAAAGUACAAGUAACUUUGAAGAGGAAGAGAAACUAUUCAAUGUCACAAGUAAACUGGUGCUGAGAGUGAGCCGGCUGGAUGAUGGAUUACCCGUUACCUGCCAAGUGGAACAUCCUGCAGUGAAGGACCUUCAGGCAAUGAAAGAUUUGCAAGCUCAACGGUACUUGGAUGUGCAAUAUAAACCCCUAGUGCAGGUCACGGUGAGCUACCCACAAGGUCCAACAAGGGAAGGUGACACGCUGGAGCUGACCUGCACAGCCAAUGGGAAACCGCAACCCACACUCUCCUGGCAGCGGUUAGACGAGGAAAUGCCUGAACGUGCCAUUAUAUCUGUCGAGAACUUAGUCCUUGAAUCCCUAAAUAAAUCGGACAAUGGAACGUAUCGCUGCAGGGCCUUCAAUGACAUCGGGGAGUCGUACGAUGAUUAUCUCUUGUAUGUCUAUGAUGUACCCACCACCCCACUUCCCUCUACAACCACCAUCACUAGCACAAACAUCCCCACCAUCACUGAAGCCACAUCGCCGACAGCAGAACCAUCAACCCACGACUCGAGAGCAGGCACAGAGGUCCCAGGAUCUGUUGACCAUGCUGUCAUUGGGGGAGUGGUGGCCGUGGUCGUGUUUGCCAUUCUGUGCCUGCUGAUUGUACUUGGACGGUACUUUGCCAGACACAAAGGUACAUACUUCACACACGAAGCUAAAGGAGCUGAUGACGCAGCAGAUGCAGACACGGCAAUUAUCAAUGCAGAGGGCGGACAGAACAACUCCGAUGAAAAGAAAGAGUACUUCAUCUAAAUAAAGUGUAGUCACAUGGAGGUGUCCAACUGUUGACAUCUUGCAGUUGGUUUUUUAGCAUGGUGGACAGGAUUGAGGCGUGUACAAGUGGGGUUAGGGGCUCGGGUGGGGAAAGGUGGAGGUUGAGUUCAGUGAGUUCCACAGUUUGACACCUCUGUAAAUGCCUAGCCAGGCUUGGACUUAGUUUAGUUCUCUCAUUUGCAGAAAACGUCGUGCCUUGUUUUCCCUGCACACACUCCAGCCUUUUGAAUUGCCAUUUGGAAGCUUGGUGAACUUAGAAGCUCACUUUCAUUUCUACACUUAAAGGUCAUUUUGCUCAGUGACUGAGGGGUGAGCAGUGUGGCAGUUCAACUUUCGCAGAGGGACACGGAUCGAGCAUUUUUCUGCAAGUGAGGUUUUGUGUGUGGCGAGAUUGAUGCUAAUUUCAUUCUCUUGUAUAGACUGUGCGAUGUAGGGUACCUCAAACUGUCUGGCUGUGUUCUGGACCAGUGACAGAACAUCAACAGCAAACGUAAUCAGACCUGACCACUGAGGUCUGUGCCUUUUAGCGUGUGGACAGUAUUGAGUUAUCACAGUAGGAGCAAGCUUUGUUCCAGACAACUCUUGUUUUUAAAAGAUCUCAUCAGUCUUUCCCAAUUGGCCUUACUUCUCACUAAUUUGUUUGCCAAAAAUUUGAAAGCUAUCUGCAAUUCAUGAUGACCUGUCAGCAAGGUUUAUUCCCCAGAGCCCCAACAGAGGCAAGGUGUGCACUGCCUGGGGCAAACGAUUCACAAUUUGGGCUCAUAAACACUAGCAUGGUUUUAAAAAGGCAUAUCCCUUUGUUCAUAUCGCAUGGUUUAUAUUUAAGAACCUCUUCAAAACAACCACUGCUUACAUGGACCGUGUGCAUAGAUCUCUUUUUAAACAGCAGUGUUUUUUUUUAUCGAGCCAGUGAUGAAAGUGGUUUGUCCUUGUGCCAUUGUAUAAUGCUAUUCGUAUUCUAUUUAAAGAUUUAAUUAAAAUUGAUCAAACGCUGUACAGGAGGCUGUAGUAUUUAAUGGAAGUUCUGUGUAUAUCCUGCAUUUUACAUUCAUCCAUCCUGUGUCUGCCAUGGUAAAGGGAUAGUGCCUCUUUAAAGAGUGAAAGUUGCCUUAAAAUAUUACCAUCUUGUGUUUGGCAUAAACAUUUUCUUUCCCAAACAUUUAUUUUGCAGUGGAAGCCAGAUUCUGUCAAGGCAUCGUGUUAUUGCUUUUGUAAAACAAAGUGUUUGCCUCCUGGAACUGACGUUUUACAGUUUUAGCUUUGAGGUAAAACUUUCAGGCUGCCAGUGAAGCCUUUUGAGAUAAAUUGUAGGUGAAGAUUAUGGAGCAUUAACUUCCGAUGCAGUGCAAAAUCUAUUCUCCUGAUCUCCAUCCAGUACACAGCCCAAUUCUGAUGUGACAUAGCUUUACCUGAAGAGUGUUCAUUUUAGGUUAUUUUUCUUUUGGUUUGAGAUUUAAUGUUACAAUGCGCGAUACACUAUCAUAUCUUUAGGAGUAGACUGGGGAGAGUGAGUUAGCCUCGGUGUUUCUACAGGAGCUUGUGCAUUCAUUGGAAGGAGGUUUUGCAAUGGACUUGCGAAGGUAGGAAGGGUUGGGUAAAGUGGGCAGUGUUGCAAUUUUAGGCAAUACUUGCUGAAGCUCCUCAAUAAGUUCCAAGGAAACUAAACAGAAGUUGAGCUGCUUGAGUAUUACAAAGAUUAUACUUGAUAACAAAUGCUCAGUGCUCCGUGUGAGAGCGAGGUCACCACAGUAGUGAGUUCCGAGGAAACUAAACAGAAGUUGAGCUGCUUGAGUAUUACAAAGAUUAUACUUGAUAACAAAUGCUCAGUGCUCCGUGUGAGAGCGAGGUCACCACAGUAGUGAAGGGAAUGUGAUAACGUACUCAAAAAGUGAUUUAAUGUGUCUUGUCGCUGUUUUAAAUCUAGUUUCUCAGUAAUUUGGAGUAAUUUGCACCCCUCUUCCUCUCAGCUUUAGUUUGGAUUGUACUACAGUGUAGCAGUGUUACUGAGGUAGGUCUUAUUAUUUUCUCAAAAGAAAGUUAAACAGAUUCGUCAUGUCUCAGGAAGAUGUGUUCUGAUUGGCUCUUUGCAUCUUGUGUUGAAUGCAAAGAAUAUGCCCCCACACAUUAAAAUUAAACGUGGCAAAUUCAGAGUUUUAGUUGUAUAUGUUUUUUUUGUGUGAACCCUUUUUUCUCUCAAAUGCAGUGCACUGUUUUAAUUGUAAUAUGUAUUACUUUGUAUAGAGUUAGUUCGAAUAAUUGGGUCUUGUCAUGUGCGAAACAAGUAUUGUGCAAAAUUGGUUUUAAAAAUGGAAACAAAGUUGAAGAUUAUUGCUGUGUUAUAUGCACAUUAGGUCUGAUCUUUAGGCACUAAAGCUGUUUGCUUAGGUCAUUUCUUACUUCUAGUGUACAUGGGCAAUUUUGUGUAUUGAUAGAACCUCUCAUGUUCCCACGCAUUUUUUUUGUAUCAUUUCAUGUAUGCCAUUUUUACAGGAAAAAAUAUAAAAACUACUGAAGCGUUAUUGACUUCUUAAUAAAAAAAAGUUAAAUGUUCCAAAUUUCUGA